GUGAUGUUCGUCAUGUGUCCGCAUACCGAACCCAGUCAUCACGAUAUGAUGUGCACCAUCGAUAUUGAUCCAGAUAGUGAAACUUAUUGUCAGGUUCUAUCAAGGCUUGAUUUCCCGAAUUUCGGUGAUGAAGUGCAUCACUGUGGCUGGAACACUUGUUCAUCAUGUCAUAAUGAUCCUUCAGCGAAGAGGUCGCAUUUGGUAUUACCGUGCCUGAAUAGCGAUCGUAUCUACGUGGUAAACGUUCAAGAUCCACGAAAGCUAGACUUAGAAGUGACAAUCGAGCCCGCACUUCUUCAUGACUAUAAUGUCUCCAUGCCACAUACAGCACAUUGCACAGCUGCUGGUGACGUCAUCAUAAGUACGCUUGGUGAUGCAAAUGGAAAUAAUAAAGGGAAUUUUUUCCUGCUUGAUGGUACCACCUUUAAACCGAGGGGAACUUACCUGGAUGAUGAAAAUACCGUACCAUUCAACUAUGAUUUCUGGUAUCAGCCCAGAAUUGACCUACUGGUCAGCACUGGAUGGGGCGGACCCAAUACGGUCAAGAAAGGAUUCCAUGCUACGGAUGUCAUGAAAGGAGACUACGGCUUUUCUGUGAAUUUGUUCAGAUGGUCAACACAUGAGAAAAUACAAAGUAUAGAAUUGCCAGAGCUUGGUGGAUCUAUGCCCUUCGAAAUA